CACAUAUUUAUGCACACCUAAAACCCUAGGCCCAAAGGUCAAUGUGUUAUAAAUUCUUAGUGUGAAGGUUUGUUCUUGUUGUUUGUUUUUAAAAAUGAUUUUCACUAUUUAAAGGAUUUAAAUGAAUACAUGUAUUUGCCAAAAUAUGAAACUAUUCCUUUACUACAGUGGUUUCCAUCCAGGGCCCAGAUGCAUAAACCUCUGUAGAUUCACAUCUAGAACUGUGUGUAUAUACAAAGACAGAAAUACACAUAAGCACUCUUCUUCUUCUUCUUCAAGAUUUAUAAAGAGGAGCAUACGCCUGAAUCCCUUUUCUCAGUCAUUGUACACAAGCCUCAUUUCCACUCUCACCAAAAUCCAUAAAUGGAUGCAGAAACAGCCUUAAACAUCUAUUUUUAUAUCAGUAGCCUUCUUGGUCCCAUUCCACCACUCAUUAGACCUGUGGAGAACGGCAGAGAAGAAGACAAUGCAAUAUAAUCAUCUGUGUUUCAUCAGCAAGGAACAGCACCAGAACAGCUGUCGCGUUUAUGCACAGCUGUGGCUUCAUAGCCCGGACCACAUGUGCCUGUGAACUGACUCAGUAAAAUCUCAGUCAUCAUCAUCAGACAUCAGAGGGAUGAUUAUUGAGUAAUCUGUAGAACCCAUAUUGAAAUAGUCUUUGCAGUCAAGCACAGUCUUUGCAAUUCAUGCAUCCUUAUAACUUUGUGCAUUUUCAUGAAAUGAAACGAUCAUCAAGUAAGGGUUCCAGUCUAAAUAAAACGCAUGAAAAAAAAAAUCAUCAGUCUUAACUAAUUAAAAAUGAGGUUUAUAAACCCUGAGUGGCAUUUUACAGAACACUGUGCAGACUGCAAACGCAGCCAGUGAAAUCUAGGAACAACCUAAACAAACACUGUUUCGUGUCCACCUCAUCGUUUCACCUGCGGCCGUGGCUCAAAAGACGCGUUUCACCAUCUGACGCAUGUGUGGCUCAUGCAUGUUCUCACAGCGCAUUCUCACAUUCUUCCUUGUAUUAACACUGGUUUGUGUGUGAGAAAAGGUGUGUGCCUUUUUAUUUUUUUAUUUUUUUUGCAUACACAUCAUUUAUACAUCUGGUCCCUGGGGUCAAGGAACCCCCCCCCCCUCCCCAAGUAGUUCCAGUUUAAAUGUGAGAGGUCACCAGAUGAUCUUAGGGAUGCAUUAAAACAAUCUGUCUAAGAAUUUUUUUUUUUACUUACUUUUCUCUUAUUUUAACUUCUGCUUGUGAAACACUGGAUACCAUCUACUCUGACCGCUACAAAAGAGAAAAGGAAGCUCACAACUCAUUAUCGCACUAAAACACUUCUUCAUUUCAAGCGAUCACCGGCCACUAAUAUUGGGAGCCGCUGGUUUAAUGCAGCCACAAUCUGUUGAUUUUAACAGACAUUAAGAAUAAGGAAGUUUUGGGUUCAAUGUCACGUAUCAGCCAUAAGAGGGAACCAUCACCUCAUAAAGUGACACUGACCGAACUGAUGGCUGUUUUCUUGUCACAAAUGUUGCUUCCUGGUUGUCAGCUGGAUAACCUAGUCUUGAUCAAUAAAAUCAAGGAGCAGCUGAUGGCAGAGAAGAUCAGACCACCCCAUCUGCCUGCUGCCUCAGCCCCUUCCCAGCAGCCCUUACUGGCUUCGCCAAGUCAGGCAGAUGGUGCCCAGCAUGCGAUGUCCAAAGCCCAGCAGAUGCCGGUUCCUCACAGCCACAGCCCAUCGCAGCCUGACAUCGCCCUGCAUGCCCGCCCUGCCUCAAGCUCAGUCACAGGUCGUAUUCUGGGGGAUGUAAAUUUGAAUCUGGACGAUAAGGCAACUAUAAAAGCCAGAGGAUUAUGGGAAGACUGGCAUCUGCGUCAACUAAUAGACCAUCCUUGCAGGACGAACCAUGUCUCAGGUAACCACGUAUCAGGUGUGGCGCUGGCAUCCAGAACAGGCAACCUCAACACCUCAGAGAUCAUCACCCCCACAACACCCACCUCAAGCAGCCACGGCCGGCUGGGUGGAGCCCCCACACCUCACCUCAUCUCAGGGCUAGCCUGUGGCCACGGGAUGGAGCCUGGGAAAAACAACGGGGGUCUAAUGGGACUCCUCGGCCCUCCUCCAAAGGAGGAGAGAGGGCGUAAGAAGAUUAAAGCAGAGAAUGGGUCUUCUCUUUUGGUGGUGCCCUACCCAAUCCUAGCCUCAGGCAAUGACCAGUCCUGUGCCACCAUCACUGCCAAAGAGGGAAAAACCUACAGGUGUAAAGUCUGUCCGCUGACCUUCUUCUCCAAAUCAGACAUGCAAAUUCACUCCAAAACGCACACAGAGGCGAAGGCUCACAAGUGCCCUCACUGCACGAAGUCCUUUGCAAACGCGUCAUACCUGGCCCAGCACCUGCGCAUUCACCUGGGCAUCAAACCUUAUCGCUGUUCCUACUGUGAGAAAUGUUUUCGCCAGCUGUCCCAUCUGCAGCAGCACACCAGAAUCCACACAGGUGACCGACCAUAUAAAUGCGCCCAUCCGAGUUGCGACAAAGCUUUUACUCAACUGUCUAACCUGCAGUCUCACCAGAGGCAGCACAACAAAGACAAACCCUUCAAAUGUUCCAACUGUUACCGUGCCUAUUCAGACUCUGCCUCGCUGCAGAUCCACCUGUCUGCACACGCCAUCAAGAACGCCAAGGCCUACUGUUGCAGCAUGUGCGGCAGGGCGUAUACCUCGGAGACCUACCUUAUGAAGCACAUGUCUAAACACACAGUGGUGGAACAUGUGGUGUCCCAUCAUCACACCCCUCAGCACAGGACAGAGUCUCCCGCCAUCCCUAUACGGAUCUCCCUCAUCUGAGCUCUACAUCUGUUCUGUGUAUGUUGUAAAGAGGUGCUCUUUUCAUGAGUAUAUCCUCCUUUCCUUUCUCGCUGACCAGAUAGUAUUAUCAAGGACAUCCAAAGAUGACUUCUCAGCACUUUCGGGCCUGGAAAUGGCAGGCCUAAAGAUUUCUUUUUCUAUGUGACUUAACAGAAAAAAAAAGCUCCAGGCAGCUACAUAGAAAAUCUUUUUAACAUGUUCUGUUACAAACGAUGAUGAAAUGACAUUGUCUUUUUUAUAUGGUCCUUUACUUUCCUUACUCGAGUCUUUGCAAAAAUGAUCUCUCUCUCUCUCUAUAUAUAUAUAGGUAUAUAUAUAUAUAUAUAUAAAGAGAGAGAGAGAGAGAGAGAGAGAGAGAAAGAGUCUUCCAUUAGCUGGGUUGCCAAGUGAACAUAAAGGUGAAUGCUUCUAUAAAGUGUAUUCAUGUAUAUCGUGCCACUUUUUAAGUCAGUGUUUGCAGUGUGUCAGAGAUCACCUGGCCAUAAUGUACACAUAAAUGAUGUGUUUUUGUUACAAUCAUUUUCACCCAACUGCCAACAUCUCCCUGACCAGAAUGUGUAACUAAUAAAGAUGUAUGGAUAUAUUUUCUUUUACAUAUUUUUUGCAAUGUUAUAAAAAGUGCUCAAGGCAGUCCUCAAACAUGAUCUGGACAUGUCUAGACAUUGUUUGAAAAGGAGAACAAAAACAACAAACAACUCCAAACAACAACAACAAAAACUCCAAAGCUGAACUGUGACUUUUACUAUCAGCUUUAGAGCUUCUGCUUUCAGGUACUGGCAGGUGAAAAAAGUUGAUGAAUUUUGUAUAAUUCAGUCAACAUCCUUAUGACAAUAUUUAUGAUUAUUGCUAAUAUUAUGUUGGCUGAUGCUCUCUCAUUCAUUUUGGCCACUUUGUAUUUGAGUAUGCAAAUAAAUAAAUGUAGGGGCAAGACUGAUAUGUUAUGCCAACACCCAGUCAGCAGUGUUACCUCACUGGAAAACAUAAUGUGUUCUGGAGUUUCAAGUCUAAUAUGUGACUGAGGCACCACACUUCUCUGAUAGCUCAUUUUGCCAUUGUUUCAUGAAUGAACACUUUCCAUUUUAUAUGCAUUUAAGCCUUAACUCUGUCACAACUCUAGGGCGCACACUCUUGGUUUAUUGCUUUACAUUUGCCUUUUAUGUCAUCGCAUGAUGUAUACUGUAAAUAAACUAUAUUAGCUGUCAACUUGUUUUAUAAUAAAGAACUCUAUAAUGACAAA